GCCAAGAUUCCUCAAUUCGUGAUCAAAGUCAGCUGAUUACUUUAUUAAUGUACCAUGAAUAUGGAGAGCCCAACAUCUGACUGGAUGGCCAGCCUUCCAGAAAGGUUGAUCUCUGUGCCACUGAAUCAGCUGGCUAUUCCAGGCUCCCAUGAUUCUUCGACCUUUGGCCUGGACAAGACAUUAGAACUUGGUAAAAGCGAAAACUGGUUCCUCCGUUUCCUUGCCAACAACAAGAUUACUGGUUGCAUUGUAAAGGAGAUUGCUUACAAGUGGUCGGUCACGCAGAGUAAAGGUUACACAGAACAGUUAGAAUUGGGGAUAAGGUACUUUGACCUGCGAACGGAGAAGAGGAACAAGGACUCGCUGUAUUAUUUCGUCCACGGCUUGUAUGGGCCAAAAGUCUUUGACUGUAUGAAUGAGGUCAACGAAUUCCUUGAAAAGCAUCCAAAAGAGGUUGUCCUACUGGAUUUUAAUCACUUCUAUACAAUGGAGGAUGCUGACCAUGAGGCUGUUGUGAAGACAGUCCUGGAAAUCUUUGGGAAAAAGAUAUGUCCGUGGCACAACGAUUUACCUGUGAGACUGUCUCUUGCAGACAUGUGGAAGAAUGAUUGGCAGGUCCUCAUGUUCUAUGCCAAUGAUGACAUGGCUCUGAAGUAUGAACAGCUGUGGCCCAGUUCCUAUAUGCCAUCACCCUGGGCCAACACUAUGGACAUCAAAUCCCUGCUUCAGUUUCUUACAAAGAACUAUGGAGAGAAGCGGCCCAGCUUUGAAGUGUGUCAAGGUGUCAUCACUCCACAGACUGUCACUGUCGUUAAACAUCUUAGCGGUAGUAUUCGCAAGAAUUGUGCUGAUAAGCUCAACCCCCGCUUUACUGCUUGGUUGAAAGGUAAGGUGAGGGGCUCAUGUGUGGAGGGUGAGGCUGGUGGCAUCAACAUAUGUAUCAUGGACUUUGUUGAGACUUGUGGUUACAUACAGCAGGUGCUCGUGCUUAAUACUGAUUCACCUGUAUGAAGAGUAGUCCUUCAGGUUUGUGGCUACCUUUCCUGUGUGAUGGGGGGGGGGGGGGGCAUACCAGUUAUUCUUCUUUCUCUCGAGGCCUGCCCUUUACACUUCACACCAUUGGGCUCUACAUUGGACUAGUUUGGCUGGUUGAUGAAUGCCAGAAUUGUUGAGAAAGGAACACUUCAGUAAUCGGUACAAUAUGAUUGAUAAUGGUUUAUCUAAAUCAGAGUCAAAGUCCUAUCCAGAGGUACCUUGUAAAGUACUUCUGGGUAGUCCUAUCAAGAGAGUUCAAGCAAUCAAAGGGUAUCAUAAAUGUGAUUGUGAAUGUCAGUAGAUCAAGGUGACAGUUUAACUAUUGUGGGGGCAUCUUUGUUCCCAGUUGAUGAGCUGUAAUGUAAUCUAUCUUCUAUGUAAAUGAAUAAAAUGGUGCUGAGUGUACAGUA